GCUGGCCCCGCUCACUCUCUUCAUCUGACCGUGAUUGUGCUUUCUUUCUGAACACUGUAGCUUCUGGAGCGCGUCGACUGACUUUGAUGACCCCUUUGCGUGGCGCGUGUAAUGCGGCGCGACGUUCUCUGGUUUAUCGUUGGGCAACCUCAGCGUCUCGACAUUUCGCAUCUCUGCACGCUGGUCCUGCCAAUCAGUCCAGUGUGAACCCUGACGAAAUUGCCCAUUUCUCCAAACUCUCGCAAGCAUGGUGGGAUGAACGUGGCGAGUUUGGUCUCUUGCACAAGAUGAACCCUGUACGCAUACAGUUCAUCAGGCAGAAGAUGUUGGAGAUGCGGAGAGAAGAUGGGCUAGAUGAUGUCAACAUGGCGCGACCUUUGAAUGAUAUGGACGUGUUGGAUGUUGGGUGUGGUGGUGGCUUGCUGUGCGAGUCUCUUGCAAGACUAGGAGGUCGAACAUUUGGUAUAGAUGCCUCUGCGUCUAACAUAGCCAUCGCUUCACUUCAUGCCUCCGCCGACCCUGGGCUUACGUCGACGCGAAAAGGGAAUCACACCUUAACAUACGAACAUACAUCUGUGGAGGACCUUCUGGCUCAACGAGGGCCCAAAUCCUUCGACGUAGUAUGCUCUAUGGAAGUCAUUGAGCAUGUGGACAACCCAGCUGCGUUCUUGACUAAUUGCGCCACGUUGGUGAAGCCUGGUGGUCAUCUAUUCCUGUCGACGAUUGCGCGCACCCCGCUCUCAUACGCGCUCACAAUCCUCGCCGCCGAACACAUUUUCCGAUUGGUCACGCCCGGCACCCACACGCAUUCAAAGUAUAUCAACCCCGACGAGCUGACUGAUUUCUUCCUCCGGCUCGAUUCAGAUCCGGCGUCGCAGAGCGCGGUCGUUGAUCCGCCAGAGGUGCGCCGUCCCUGGAUUUCACGGCUUUACGGCAGUGUGCCUGCGCGUACCGAGGCGGAGGUGCGAGGUAUCAUAUAUCUGCCAUGGAAAGGGGAGUGGAUGUUGGUCCCUCGAGGGGCUGCAGGCGCGAGCGCAUGGGCGGAGGCGUGCAAUUACCUAUUCUGGGUUCGGCGACCUUUUGAAUGAAAGUUAGUACAUCAGGUCUGCCUCCCUCUAUGCUGGGUGUGUGCCUGGGGCUUUGCCACGUUCCCAUUGGAGAUAUGCCCUACUCGACCGGCCCAUAAGCCAGACUCUGAGGGCUCCUCAUAGUCAUCUCCGUGCAACCCGGUGUGUCCGAAGACCAUCUAAUCCCGCAUCCGGGACGGGGUAGGUGCAUCGUCUUGUUUCCUCCCUGCGUUUCAUGCCGUACUUUCCAGGUACUUUUGACGCCGGAAAGGCGUUCAC